GUUACUAGUGGCAGGUAGGAAGGUCUGGAGGAUUAUUCAAAUAGUUGGCCAUGGCUGGCCCAGGAUUAUUUGUUAAGAAGGCGGAGCCUUGGCCUGGAGGAGUAGCUCAAGUGGUAGAGCGCCUGCUUAGCAAGUAUGAUAUCCUGAAUUCAAACUCCAGUGCCCCCACCAAGAAAAAAGAAAGAGGGAAAGAAGGCGGAGCCUUGAGGAUUAUCUGAGGGGAGUUGACAAGACCCGGAUGUGAGUUCAAAGACGAAGCAGCGCGCCAAUCUGGGAACCGGGGCAAGAUGGCGGGUACCGAAGAUGGUGUUUUGCAGCCGGCUGCAGGUUCAACUGCCCCAAUUUCAUUCGGCUUCACUCGCACGUCUGUCCGGAGGCGGCUGCCUGACUGCGGAGAAAGCGCCGGACUGGCCCCAGAGGAGAAAGAUUUCUUGAAGACCGUGGAAGGGAGGCAGUUACAGAGUGUGAAGCCUACAGAAGCCCCCAAGGAACUAGUCAUCCCAUUAAUCCAGAAUGGUUAUCGCAGACAACCACUGACCCAGAUCCCUGGGCCAUCCACUGAUACUGAGGCCUUGGAUGGUGUACUGUCCCAGGCUGUGAAAGAGCUCAUUGAGGAAUCCAAGAAGUCUCUGGAAGACAGAGAGAAUGCAGGUAUUGACCCCAAACUCACCAUCCCCGUGAUCCAGAAAGGAUGCAUUCCCAAUGAGGAUGAGGCAGACAGCGAACCCCAGACUGAGACAGUGCCAGAAGAGGCUGACUAUGAGGCAGUCCCCGUGGAGGCCUAUGGGCUGGCCAUGCUGCGGGGCAUGGGCUGGAAACCUGGCCAGGGUAUUGGCCGCACUUUCAAUCAAGUAGUGAAGCCCCGCAUCAACUCACUGAGGCCCAAGGGGUUAGGACUAGGCGCCAACCUGACUGAGGCCCAGGCACUGGCCUCCACUGGCUCUUACCACCUGCCAAAGCCAGAUGGGGAGCAAGACAAGGAUAAGGAAGACCUUCCUCAAGGACUGAUGCCUGGAAGAGCUGUGCUGGUCCAUUCUGGCCCUCACCGUGGCCUCUACGGGAAGGUAGAAGGCCUUGAUCCUGACAACGUAAGGGCCAUGGUUCGUCUGGCAGUGGGCAGCCGCAUGGUGACCGUUAGUGAGUACUGCCUUCAGCCUGUCUCCCAGAAGGAAUUUGACAAAAAUGCCUUGCAUGCUGGCCAAGUGAACAAAACAUCCUCAGGGCAAGCAAAUGGAACACCAUCAUCAUCGAAGGCCCUCCAGAAGCAAGACUUCCAUGGGCGGCAGGAGAACUCGGAGAGGAAGCGGAAACACCCUCCAGACCGGUGGGACCCCGGGCAUGGGGCUAGAGGAAGAAGGCAGGGUGUUGGGAGGCUCAAGCAGUCAGGGAAGGCUUCCAGGGCAAGACAGGAUGGGCCUGCGGCCAAGAGUGAAAAAGCAGCCUCCAGGAGUCAUCACUGGUUGCACAGGGACCUGCGCGUCCGGUUUGUAGACAAGCUCCACAAGGGUGGCCAGUACUACAACACCAAGAUGACAAUUGAAGAUGUUCUGAGCCCAGAUACCUGUGUGUGUCGGACAGAUGAAGGCCGAAUCCUGGAAGGCCUAAAGGAAGAUAUGCUGGAGACUCUGGUUCCCAAAGUAGAGGGCAAACGUGUGAUGGUGGUGCUGGGACCGCAGGCUGGAAGGGUGGGACAUCUGCUGGGCCGGGACAGAACACGGAGCCGAGCUUUGGUGCAGCUGCAUAGAGAGAGUCAGGUGGUGGAGCUUCAUUAUGAUUCCAUCUGCCAGUACAUGGGCCCCAGCGACUCAGAUGAAGACUGAGUGGGGCCACACCUGUCACCAGGUUCCACCAGUCCUGCACAGUUCAAAACAGCUUCCUUCGUGACCAUGAGAGGAAAACUGUACCAUCCUCCCUGUGGUCCAGGGACAAGGGUACAAGGAUGGACUACAAAGGAGACUAGAAAUAAAUUCAGUAUUU